GAUAGAGCCCCAUCCGUCACAAGUAUACAGACACGCUUCAUUUCCAGACCAUUUUCCUAAAAAAAAAACUAAAAUCUUCUCAAACAUUAUUUCGUCAGCUGUGUGUCCCUCUAACAGUAGUAAGCCGAGCAAUUUGCCAUCCAAAAAACGGACAUAAAUGCACAACUGUGCAUUAUCAGUUCUGUGUGGGAACCCAUCUUCUGCUAUAGACAUUAGUUCAUUAGUUAGUUCAGUUUUUUUCAGAUCAUCCACCAGCAUUUCAAACUUGUCUGAAGCCACCUACGCUACAAACAAUAAUGUGAACUCAAACCCUCUCUUGACAGACUAGACGGUCUUCAGUUUCUGCUUCUUCUUAUUGACCUUCAUCUUAAACACCUGUUCCAUUUCUGCCUCCAUCUUCUUCAUUUUCAUCACAUGCUCCCUUUUCAUCACAUACAGAUCUACAAUGAGAUGAUCCAUGACCUGCUGAAUCCAUCCUCAGGAUUCUUAGACCUAAGAGAAGAUUCCAAGGGAGUUAUUCAGGUUGCUGGAAUCACAGAGGUGUCCACCAUCAAUGCUCAAGAGAUCAUGGAGCUCCUCAUGAAGGGUAACAAACAGCGCACCCAGGAGCCAACAGCCGCCAAUCAGACGUCAUCUCGCUCCCACGCUGUGCUGCAAGUAGCUGUCAAACAGCAGAGCCGCUGUCGUGACGUUCUGCAGGAGGUCCGCUUUGCACGCCUCUUCAUGAUUGACCUCGCCGGCUCCGAACGAGCAGCACAGACUCAAAAUAGAGGUCAGCGUUUGAAAGAAAGAGCCCACAUCAACCGUUCCCUCCUGGCUUUGGGCAACUGCAUUAAUGCCCUGAGUGACAAAAAUGGUAACAAGUAUGUCAACUAUCGAGACAGCAAGUUGACUCGUCUCCUGAAGGACUCCUUGGGCGGAAACAGCAGAACGGUCAUGAUAGCCCAUAUUAGCCCUGCCUCUGUAGCUUUUGAGGAGUCUCGUAACACGCUGACAUAUGCAGACCGUGCCAAAAGUAUUCGAACACGGGUGAAGAAGAACAUGAUAAAUGUGUCAUACCACAUUGCUCAGUACACCAAUAUCAUCUCAGACUUGCGCUGCGAGAUCGAGCGGCUGAAAAAGAAGAUCGCCGAACAGGCGAGUCGGCAGCUCAAUUCUGACCGAGCUGACAUCCGCAAUGUUCAGGCAGAGGUCCAGGCCCACUCCAGCCUGCAGAGUCGAGAGGAGAUGGAUCUGUUGAGGGAGCAGCUUCUGGAUGCUUUCCGCCAGCAGAUGGAGAUCAGGAAGAGCCUGAUGGAGCUGGAAAAAAACAACAUGGAGAUCCAGAUUGCCACCUCUAAUAAUCUUUUAACUAUUACAGACAGGCGCAGGAGAAAGUGGCGUGUGGAGAGGAGGAAGGAAAGUGUCAAUAAGGAUGAAAGUGAGAAGGACUCUGAUUCCUCAGAGUCUCCUCCAGACACCACGGAGACUCAGGAGGUGGCAAUAGCUCGAGAAAAUCUGGUUGCACUCAUGGCUGAACAGAAAAAGAUUCACAAGGAGAAGGCGUUGCUUGAGCGUAGGUUUCUGGAGCUUCGGGAUCAGGCUCGGCGUUUGGAGGAGCUGCUGCCGCGGCGGGUUAGCUCAGAGGAGCAACGCGAGGUCCUAGGACUUCUCUGUAAGGUCCACGAGCUGGAGAUUGAGAACGCUGAGAUGCAGUCCCACGCUCUGCUCAAAGACAACGUGAUCCGACAGAAAAACUUUGUGGUGCAGCGAUUUGAACAGCACAGACACCUGUGUGACGAGAUUAUUCAACAGCAGAGACAGUUCAUUGAUGACCACAGUCUGCCCGUACCUCCACACCUCCAGGAGCUGUAUGAUAUGUACAUGAGGGAACUAGAUGAUAGGAAACUGGAGAAAGCAGUUGCCCUAGAAAAGGUGACAAUCAGGCAGACCAUCAAGGAGGUCUCGCUACCUAAGAUCGCCUUGCCUUCUCACGGUCGUGACAACAUGCAGGACAUAGAUUCAGACCAGGAGAGCAUACGUAACAUGUGCUCGGAAAACAGGCGAGGUCAAGCCAAAAUACGCAGACAUACCCUGCCUUCCAUUCUGCCUGAACCUGAUCUGGACAAUAACAGAGUUUUCAAGAGCAGCCCUCAUGCCAGGCAAAUGAAAAAUUCAGCAGUAAUGACCCCACCUCCCAUCCACAUUAAUGGGAAGGGCAACAGAGAGCUGCAGCCUCUGGCUCCUGAGAGCUUUCUGAGUUACAGCCAUCUCAGCCACAGUGUCAGCAGCCACCUGGACUCAUCACCUGAGAGCAGCGAGGCAGGGGCCGAUAUCCCCCUCUCAAUAAAUGAACGGCAGCAGAUUUUAAAGGGGGUCCAGAACAUUGCAGUAAAAGCAGCACGUCGGUGCUCCAAAGCGCUCGAGGUGGAUGUCUUGCGGUUACCUCCUGCACCAUCUCCCCUGGACCCCAAAAAGCAGAAGAGCAGCCUUUCUUUAAGCAAAGCUCCCUCUAGAGGUUUGCCAAUGAGGCGCGUCAGGCAGCCCAGCCCCGAGCUGAGACACGUCACUUCAGACGAUAACCUGUCCAGCAGCACCGGGGAGGGACCUGGUUUGCAUUUGACCUUGACACGCCCACGUAACCGACAUGUGCUCAACAAGAACCAAACACCUCGCGAGGCAGACUUUGAAGGUCGUCGCAAAAAGAGACGCUCACGCUCUUUCGAGGUCACAGGUCAAGCGUACCGAGGGGUCCCUCCUCUCGCCAAAGUCAGGCCCCCUACAGCAGCCAGCAAACAGGCUCAAAUGCUGAGUCAGAAGAAGAAAUAAUACUUCCUGUGCAAGCUGACCUCUAAAGUACCUUUCAGAUCAAGCUGAUGUUCAUGCUGGUGUGAAGUGCUUAGAAUGUAAAUUUCAUAAAAAGCCAAAAGUAUGCUCUAAAUUAUGCAAACAUGCUUCUUCUUUCUUUACUGCUUUGCCAUUCCAUCACUGGAGUCCACCUCUGCCCGUUUCUGUCUGUAGAGGUCUGAUAUAGUGACUCAUCAGGUGAACUGCACCCUGAAGUUUAUCUGUUAGAGUUGCUGUUAUGCACUAAAACCAGGGUUGUGUCACCGCUGACAUUACAGGUUGCAAAGAAAGCCUCCAAUCCUCCCAGUCCCUUUCACAAGGAGCUUUUUUUAUGAUUAGCUUUUCAGUUUUCACUCUGUGAAAUAUAUAAUAUAAUAUAUAUAUAUAUAAUAUAAUAUUGUAGUUUGUUAAUUAAUGUUAAAGCUAGAAAAUUGAUCCAGAUUGUCAAAUUAUAAAAAAGAGAAGUUACCUCACUUUUAAAAACUCUGGAAUAAUUCUUAUGCAGGCUGUUAGAUGUAAUGCCUCAGAAAGUGUGGAAGAAGUCAUCGUGCUAUUUGUGAUUAUUGAGGUAAAACUUACUAAAAGAUCAGUAUGAUCAUGUAAAACUCCCCCAUCUGCUUCAAUCAGUCAACAGCUCUGUGGUGGACUCCAGGUCGGAGGUCAUGUCUCCGGACAGGUGGGAGGAUUUUGUUUUUGGAAGACCCCCCCUUCUGGGUUCCCAUCUGUCUGGCAGUGAAUGGAAUUAAUGUGUCCCAUAAUCUGUAAACAUAACCUAAAAUCUGAUUCAGGCCAUAGAAAGCAAAAAGUCUGUGCAGUAAUCUGUCCCAUGAUCUGCAAAACAAGCUACACAUCCUCUUUUGUAACACGCUUCUUUUUCCACCAAAGAAUUCUGACAUCUAAGUCGGCCUCAGAGAGCUUUCCAGCAUAAAACUGCAAUUUCAGAGCUUCAGUUUGAUUGUAAUGGAGUGCAGAAAUCUCUCCAAACUGUACAGUGAUUUCAGAGAUGAAAUGUUAAGUUACUUCAUGCUGUAAGAAGGGAAAAUGUAGUUGGGGGGGGGGGAGCUGAAAUAGCUGAAUGAGUUUAAAGCAUCAGAGGCUGAGAUGUGCUGCGAUAGAUAAAACCUGUGUAGCAAACUGAAACUCUUUAUAUUACUCAAUGAACGAUCUGUCCAGUGGAUGUGAGUUCCCUAAUUUUUUAAUUAAAUUUCAUAAUAUUGUUAAGAGAAAUAAAUGCACUGGGGGAAAAAAUGACAUAACUACUCGUCACCCUGAAAAUGAGAAAAAACCUAAAGAAUAUAUUUAUUCUCAUGUUAGACAAGCCACAGUUCUAUUUAUCAGUUUGUAAAAUUGCUGACUUUAACAUGACAGUUUUUUAGAAGAUCGUGAGUGAACAGAGAGUGAAUGCAGAGAACGUCUGAGAAGAGGCCACUGUGGGGCAGGCCUGUAGAAAAUGAACUCCCUAUGACUGUGUGUGUGUGUGAGAGAGUCUGAGUAGUCAAGCCCGCUAUGUAGGUCUUCCAGUUCUGCUUUGUGUUUGCUAUGAUGUGUGAAAACACUCAAGGGUCAUCUGGCGAGAGGAGCUACUGUUUAACACUCCCGCUAUGUUAUUAGAUAUUUUAUUUUUUGCAAUUUCUGAUGUAGUUUUUGGAUGCCUGUCAGUCAUUUUGGCUAUUUGUUGGCUGUUUGUUGUCCCCAGUUAGAGAACGCUGUGUCUUCAGUGGCAAAAUUUCUACCUAAAGCAGAGACAAUGUGCAUAUUCUUCUCCCCAAAAUGUGCCUUUUUUACAUUCUGACUAUUUUUGUUUUUUUCUUUUGCCUUCUUAAAUACAAAUAUUUCAUGUGACAUUUUCAGAAUAUUUGUUGAGAUUAAAGGGAAACUUUGGACGUUUUUAACCAUGAACCAGUUAUGUUUGUUUGUCUGACUGAGAGCAGGUGAAGUUACACUGUCCAGAAAACUGAUCAGCCACCACAGUCUGAAGGCAGUUAAUGGAAACGCACAAUAAUGUUUUGGACAGUUACACAGCUUUUGUAAUUUUUUUCUCUUUUAAAUCAAUCAGUGACCAUGUGAAUACAGAAGAAGAUUUCAAGAUUGAUCCCCCCAUUUUCAGAGGUUUUAAAAGUAAUCGGACAGUUGACUAGUUUGAUUAUUAGUUCCAUGCACAUGUGAGUCUGUUUCCCUGAUUAUUCCAUAACAGGUUCAAUAAAUAAAAGACUUGAAGUGA